UCAGAGUGACGUCGCCGCUGACCCGGCCGGUCCGUUUUGGCGAGGGGAGCUCGCGGGCGCCCUCUAGGGAGCGAAGGGGCUGGCUGAGGACCAUGGGCCCCUCCUUCUGAGAAGCCCAGCGGGGCCAUGUCCACCACAGGCAUUGCGGCCCAGGAGGUCAACCUCUCCUUGAACCCGGACUUUCUCCGUAAUGGAAGCCUGGAGACCUGUUGCCGUCGCCACAACGGCCAGCUUGCCAACCCUUUCUUCCACGUGGACUCGGUAGCAAUGGCUUGCAACUUGAACCCAGGACCGCAUCCUCUGACCUCCGCCGGCCAGGUCUCCUGUCCUGAUCCAGACGGUGGUCCGAGCUUCCUCUUCCGAGCCAGCCCUUCUCUCCUUCGCUCCCCUGCUCCUUCCACCUCCGAAGACCGCCUCGUUUCCGGCUUCGGUGGACUGUCUCUGACCAUCAGCCAGAACGCCGAGGAGACGCCUUCUCCAAUCCCGGGGAAGAGCGGGCCACUCCUCUCCCUUCCCCUGUCUUCGGCGGAGCGAAGCGCCCGUCCGCUCCCGCCUCUGCCCGUCACCGAAAACUUCCUGCACGACGAAGUGGACCGAGAAGUGGAGUUCCUGACCACUUCGGACACCGAGCUUUUGCUGGAGAGCUGCGCGAGUCCUGGGUUUAAGCUGCUGGCCCAGGGUCAGCGAAGUUUCAGGGGCUGUGGCCAAAUUAACUACGCCUACUUCGACGCUCCGGCAGAGGUGAAGCCGCAACAGGCCGGCUGCCCGGAGAACGCCUGUCCUCCCCUUCCCCCUCCACAACAACCUCACCGCCGGUUGCGCCGCUCUCAUUCCGGCCCUGCUGGGUCCUUCAACAAACCAUCAAUCAGGGUCUCCACCCACCUCUGUCGCUCCUCUCCCAGCUCCGACGACGACAAGCCCGAGGUUCCCCCCCGGGUACCUCUGCCUCCUCGGCCCCUCAAACCCGACCAUCGGAGGUGGUCGGCCGAAGUGACCUCCGGUGCAUAUAGUGAUGAGGACAAACCUCCCAAGGUGCCUCCGCGGGAACCUCUGCCCUGGAGCCAUUCCCGGACGCCGAGUCCCAAAACGUUGCCGGCGUAUCUCCACGGGGUCAUGCCCCCGACGCAGAGCUUUGCCCCGGAUCCGAAGUACGUCAGCAGCAAAGCUCUCCAGAGGCACCACAGCGAAGGUUCGGCCCACAAGGUGCCCUGUAUCCUGCCCAUCAUCGAAAACGGCAAAAAAAUCAGCUCCACUCACUAUUACCUCUUGCCGGAGCGACCCCCUUAUUUGGACAAGUACGAGAUGUUCUUCCGGGAGGCAGAAGAGGGCAGCUUGAGGCCGGAGGAAGGACGGCAGCCGGCCGGCCAUGAAGCCGCCACGCUGGUCAAGGCUGAGCGCAAACACUUGGCGUGCAUGGUUUCUCCCUAGGGAUUCGGCGAACGCCGCAAAGAGUUGGAAUCUGAGAAGGACAAUUCCUCCUCCCGAGGACCCCGUGUAGAGACUUGGCUGCUCCUGGACGUAAAAGGGGUGGUGGAGACGUCAGUGCUGAAGCCUCCUGGAUGGCCGGCCGUGGUAGCCAACGGCUCAAACUGCCGACACCCAUUUGCUCGGGCAGGAGGAGAUUUGGAAAGGGGGACAAGUCCUACAAAACGGAGGUUGGCCAGUUAUUGAAUAUUCUAGAGCCGCGGUCUCCGGCCUUUACGGUUUUACGGACCGGGGGGGCCGGGGGUGGGAUUUUCUCCGUUAGCGCAGCUCCUUUCUUGCGACCGGCGGGCACGCACAUCAGCCACUCGCACAAACGAUGUUACGUGUAUCCGCUCGGUUCUGAACAGAACACGGCCCGGUAGGGGACUGUGGCCCGUGGCUCAGCCCCCCCUUCCGUCCUAGAAUAAUAUAUACCUAUAUGUAGAAACUCACCUCAGUUAGAACGACUGAAUUGUUGUCUUGCUAAGGAGACCGAUGGCUUUAGCCGAGGAGAGGAAGUUCAGUAUUUUUGUUUUUUGCCGGUGUUAAUAGACGUUUUUCCACUUUGAGGGGUAGGUAACCUUUUAAAUUAUUUCUGUCCUGGGAUGUUUUCUCUUCUCUGUUCCCUCUGGGGUGGGUGGGAAAAACGUGAGUUGGCCGCCCACUUUCCUGACAAUUCUUUGGUCGACGCAGCCGUCUACAUUUUUGAGGUCCAAGAAAGAUGUAUUUGAUUUCGCUAGAUCAGCGGUCCCCAACCUUGCUAGCUUGGCGGUCCAGGCCCCGGGGAGGGGCAGGGAGAGGAGACGGUUUCGUGCCUCCCUUUGGGUUCGCACAAAUGGACCUUCGCACCUGAGCUUUGCACCUGCCGUUUGUGCAAGUGAAGCUUUGUGCGUGAGCGCCCGCCUCUCAACACACAAGUAAAGCUACGUGCCUGUGUAGAGUCAGUCGCUCACCGCUGAUACGGCCCAGGUCCAAAUGGGCCACCACAGCCCGGGGAGGAUUGGGGGACCCCUGAUGGAGAUCAACAACCCUGCAUUUCCGCAGCUGGAGAGAACUGUGUGUAUCUACACAACACGUAAAAAAAAAAAAGCAUUCCGACACGGCCACAACAUUUUGAAAAGGGGACCAAUUGUGUUCAUAGUGCUGGUUUGGGUUGUGGGGCACCAAUCCUUGGGAACGGAGUCCUACUUUUGGAUAAUUUCUGAUCCACGCAGGGUCUCAUUCCAUGGGCGAAUUGCUGCUGUUUUUACCUUCUCACACUCAACAUACACACUGCAUAAAUAACCAGAAGGCCAAAACGGUCCAUCCGAGUUCCGUUUUGUUUUGUUUUGUUGGAUUAUCACAAACCCCCGUUGUUUACACUUCCCCAACCGCUAAAACGGGGAACGUUUUCUCUUUCUUUUUUCUUUCUUUCCUGACAUUUUUAGGAAAGCCGACCGUUGUUCUAAUCCCAA